AUGGACUCGCAGUACCGGACGGAGCUUCCUGAGCUCCCUCUAAUCACCCUCGAUACCACUCUUUCAGAGCUAUAUCGAAAAGCUAGCCCCAGGAAUGCCCACAAGAACAUUAUCCAGGUGCUCUGCGGCGUCAACUCCGGCCUCGAGCUCAAUUCCAACUUCCCGAGAAACGCCAAGUACCUCUACCAGGAUGGCCCCUUCAACAGCGUCCCCAAGAAGGAGCUGACCGCCGACAAUACCGAGCUGCAGCGUUCACUUGCCAUCAAGUAUCUCUCUCUCAUCCCGCAGCGCGAUGCCUUCAUCUGCGGCAACGCCAAGGUCGCCUUCUUUAAUUUGGACGAGUCGAGCGAGGCCGCAAAGCACGAUCGCCAAGAAGUCCAGGCCACCAUAGAAGCUCUCGACCCCAGUCAAAGGCCCCAGCUUGUCUUUUGUCGGGGUCCCGAGAUGAUACCGGACGUGGACGAGAAGACGGACUUGGUUGCAUAUAAGCUGGCAGUAGAUGGCCUUCAAAAGUAUCCCCUCACUAUCGACUUGGAGACGCACUGGUUUCUCAACACGAAGGCGGCGUUGGCAACCUCUGGCCUGCCAACACCGUCGGCGAAGAUCAUCGAGAUUACUGGUUACAGUCCGCCUCCCGAUACGCGCUGUGUGCAUUGCAAAGCCUCGGAGGCCAUCUACAUCCAGUCCGGCUGCGUGGGGAACCGCUCUCUGUGGGUAACCAGGCACAAGCAGGAGAUCAUUGAGGCUAUCGGGAAACACCCCCUCCCGUUUGUCGUGAAGAACCAGCAGAGCUUCGGAGGUGCUGGGACCUAUGUCAUCACGACCGAGGAUGAGAAGCGCGAACUGAUUACAGACUUUGACAAAGAGGUCCUGCCGAAGCUGCUGGCGCAUGUCACUGUUGUCAAUCACCACCUCAACCCAGCCACCAUCAUCAUUAGCGACAUGGUCAAGGACGCGAUCGGUGACUAUGGAAUAACGUUCUUCGUCACCGAGAAUGAUGACCCCAUCUUCUUGGCUGUAUCACAGCAGAUGAUCGACGACAACAGCGCCUGGAUAGGCUCGAUCAUCAACUACCAGGAGCAGGACGAGCUCAAAGCGAGAUUCGUCCCCAUCAUGCGGCAGACGGCGGCAUGGCUACGGAAACACGGAUACUACGGUCCCGUCGGCGCCGACAUCCUCGAGACAGCCCCCCGAGACGGGGAAAAUAAUCUCAACAUUGUCGAUCUCAACGUGCGCACAUCCGGCUCGCUCUGUCUGCCGUUGCUGCGCCGGCACUUUACGAGCCGGGGACUGCACUGCGCAAGCAGCUUCUCGAUCGCCGUCGAGGGCAGCCGCGCCGACUUUUUGCGGCGCUGGAAGGAAGACUUUGAGGCCGGACGGAUGUGUAUACUUAGUUGGUAUGAGGACAGGACAGCCGGGGAGAGCCUGGCGGAUCUUGCGGUAGGUGGCGAGGGCGAGGAGGAGCUGAAGCAGGGGAUCGAUAAGGUGAGGGCCAUGACAAAGAAGGUCACGUUUUGA